CAGACAGUUCCAUGUGGCCACAUGGAUGAGAGAAAGAGAAAGAGCAAGAAGAAGAACAAGAUCAUCAACACCACCACCAUCAUCAGGCAACACACCAACAACAACUGAAACAUCUUAGACCCAUAAUUCUCUCCCUCUUUUCUUCUUUUUGUUAAUUGUGUGGGAGGCACAGAAAAAGAAGAAGAUGAAGGAAAGCAGUGAUGGGUUUGUGAGGGCGGAUCAGAUUGAUCUGAAGAGCAUAGAUGAACAGUUGGAGAGGCACCUCAACAAGGUGCUCACCAUAGAUAAGAAAAAGCGUUCUGAUGAGGACGAAGAUGCUGAUCAGGUUCAUGUUCACACCAGUGCCACUGCCUCUCCCAAAUUCAGACCCGCCUCUGCUAGGCUAAGUCUCAAGAAGCAAAAGCAGGAGUGGGAGAUUGAUCCUUCUAAACUCAUCAUCAAAAGUGUCAUAGCUCGUGGCACUUUUGGCACUGUUCAUCGUGGUGUCUAUGAUACUCAAGAUGUUGCUGUGAAAUUGUUGGACUGGGGUGAGGAAGGACAAAGGACAGAAGCAGAAAUUGCCUCCCUGAGAGCAGCUUUUACACAGGAAGUUGUUGUUUGGCAUAAACUUGAUCAUCCCAAUGUCACAAAGUUUAUAGGGGCAACAAUGGGGUCUUCAGAAUUGCAGAUACAAACUGAUAAUGGUCUGAUUGGCAUGCCAAGCAAUUUCUGUUGUGUUGUUGUGGAGUAUCUUGCUGGAGGAAAUCUGAAAUCAUACCUAAUAAAGAACAGGAGGAGGAAGCUAGCUUUUAAGAUUGUCAUUCAGCUGGCACUUGAUCUUGCAAGAGGGCUGAGUUAUCUUCACUCUCAGAAGAUUGUCCAUAGAGAUGUGAAGACAGAAAACAUGCUGUUGGACAAGACACGCACAGUUAAAAUUGCUGAUUUUGGGGUUGCACGUGUUGAGGCAUCAAAUCCUAACGAUAUGACUGGGGAGACUGGUACUCUUGGUUAUAUGGCUCCAGAGGUUUUAAAUGGCAACCCCUAUAACAGGAAAUGUGAUGUGUACAGUUUCGGCAUCUGUUUAUGGGAAAUAUAUUGUUGUGACAUGCCAUAUCCUGACCUAAGUUUCUCAGAGAUUACAUCAGCCGUUGUUCGACAGAAUUUGAGACCAGAAAUGCCAAGAUGUUGCCCAAGUUCUCUGGCAAAUGUCAUGAAGAAAUGCUGGGAUGCCACUCCAGAUAAGCGACCAGAGAUGGAUGAGGUAGUUUCCAUGCUGGAAGCCAUUGACACAACCAAAGGUGGAGGUAUGAUCCCUCAUGAUCAGCAACAGGGUUGUUUUUGCUUCCGCAAGCAUAGAGGGCCUUGAAGGUUUAUUCAUUAGUCUUGCAGACAAUUUGGUUAUAGUGAUUUUUCACUAUUUGAAGAAUCAAUUUGUAUCUAUAGUGAGAAAGCAGUAUUUGGAUACUAGAUGAGACAAAUACACAGUAAGGGGUACAGGUAGGAGGAGCUGGUGACAUGUCAAUAUGUUGGGUGUGUAAAACUGUACCUCUGAUUUUCUUUUACCUUUUUUCCCCACAUUGGUUUGGGUUCUGUGGGUAUGAGUAUUACUUUCUGCUUGGCAAUGUUGCCGGAUUUGACUUGUAACUUGCAGGAUCUUCAUUAUACUAUCACAUACUCGCAAUCAUAAUUGAUGAUAUUAAGUUGGAUC